AUGGACAAGCGAAAGACAAAGUCAACCGACGACUCCUUCGAAGUAUACCGCUUCUAUGUGGUGCCUACGGAUCAGCCUGAAGAAGACAAAAAGCUCAUCCAAGUUUUAGAAAAACACAAGGCCAUCAAUGUAGGCCCCCAGCGACUGCUUUCUUCGGCUGGCCAGGGGAAAAAUAAGCCUGUGACGUCAAUCGAUUAUGCAGCCAUUGUGAUCUCACCAACCAUUGACUUCCCCGAGUAUAGAGAGUGCGUCACCAAGCGGAUCCAGGUCGUUACGCCGCUAUGGGUUUGGGACAGCAUAGACCGCAACAUGCCGCUUAUGUGUCGACCAUACUCUCCGGACCCCAAGCACAUUUUUGCUAAAGACUACUUUGUGGUGGCCGGGCUUGCGUACAACGACGUCGAGGCCAUCCAGGCUGUUGUGCACUGUCUCGGUGGGCAAUAUAGCUCCCAACCACACACACUAACAACACACAUCAUCACCACCAAGUUCGACCAUCCGUACUGCCAGCUGGUGCGCCAAACUAAGCCCAAGGUCAAGAUUGUUCUUCCGCAUUGGAUUGAUGAUUGCCUGAAGUUUAACCGUCGCCUUGAUGAAACCCCUUACUUGUUACCCAAGCCUGCUGUUUUCAACAAUUCCGGCCUAGAGACUUAUGAUUAUGAAAAUGUUUCCUUAGGGGAUGGUCCCAACAGUACGCGUGCCAACGAUACUACAACGUCACGUCAGCAAUCUUCUUCUGUGGUUGAUUUCCCACACGAUUUAAUGAAAAACCGCAAAUUUUACCUCGACGCGAACCUUUCUCUCUCCAACCGUCAGAAAACCUCAAUUCAAAAGAUUAUUUGCCAGGCCGGUGGAUCCAUCAUGGAAGAUAUGGACAAAGACGCGAGCCCCACGCCUUCGCUUAAUGUCUACAUUGGCGAAUGGCGAUCAGGGAGCUCCUACGUGACUGCAUCGCGACGUGGGUGGGUUGUUGCAAAUUUGCGAUGGCUCUACUGGGUAAUUACCAACAAGGAGUGGAAAUCACCGACCAAAGACUUGCUACACUACCCCAAGGUCUAUGGGGGGAUGCCAGAUUUGCACGGAUACAAGGUAAGCAUCACAAACUUCACCGGAGAACUGCGAAGCUACGUGAAAGAGCUGGUGGACUCAUUAGGAGCCGUGUUUGAAACAGGGUUCUGCGACAACCACAAGCUUUUGAUUGCUGGGUGGCCCGACGGACGCAAGUACAAUGCGGCCAAGAAGUGGAACAUUAACGUGGUGAAUCUUCUUUGGCUGGAAGAGACCUAUGCCAAGUGGCAAGUGCAGGCCUUUACGAGUCGAAAGUACUUGUCGUUCCCACGGAUUGGCGACAUUACAACAGCAGUGGGACCAAUCGAACUUGAUGCGCAAGCGCUGAAGAGGUUUUACAUGACGCCGGAGGAGCUAAGCAUGGAUGAGGCGAGUCGCCAUGCAAAACCUAAUGGAGGGGUGAGGGUUGUUGAGCAUGUGGAAGAAGAGAUAAGGAGGAAAAAAAAGGUUGAAGAUGAGGUUAUUAAUAAAGAGAAGAAACCGGUUGAGGAUCCAUCUGAAAAGCCUGUAAAGUCUUCACCAGUGAUUGUUCAAGAGCCUUCAGUUCCUCAGCUUGCACCUGAGUCUGUUGAGCAGCCGCCGGUAUCAACACCUUCACCCAAAAAGUCUGGGGAAAGCACAAGACCAUCUUCUGGUAGACGGGCCAAAGAUGCUGCACUAUCGAAGCUGCAUUUGGACAUGAAAGAUUUGAACAACUAUGAGAAGACAAAACGGCGCAAUAUCCACAAUCUGCCUCUGCCGAAUGAGGAGGAGAAUGAGGAAGAAGAGAAGAAGAAGAAAAAGAAUAACAAAGGAGAAAGGGAGAUUGAUAUUGAUGAGGAGAUGGAGGAUGUGCAUGAAAACGAGCGCAGUCCAUCAAAAAAACGCAACCUCGGAAGUCCAAGCCGAGUGAUGACACCACCGACUAAGAAACAGAAACAUCAUCAGAAGGUUUCGCCGCAGAAAUCACCGUUAAAGAAGGAGGAAGAAUCUGAGCAGCGCAAGGAGCACUCAGUGGCCGAAACCAAGCCGAGGGUUGGCGAUGAUGGGACGAGGGGUGUGGGGGACGAAAGGAGCAGCGAUUCUGAAAGCAAUAGCAAGGUGGUUAACGACAAGAAGAAGACGAGGACGAAGAAGAAGAAAAAGCGGGUGGCGACCUCAGGGAAUGGUGGGGAGCAUAAGGAGGAAGGGGAAGAGCAAGAAAAAGCGGGCGAAGAAGUAGAAUCAGAAUCAGAAGCAGAAGCAGAAUCAGAAGCAGAAUCAGAAGCAGAAGCAGAAGCGGAAGAAGCAAAAGAAGCAGACGGUGACGAAACAGUGGCGGCGACAACGGCGGCGACAACGGAGGCGCAAGUGUCACCACGAGUGACUACAAUGGGAGUAACAGCCACAGGCUUGGCCAAAACGAACGGAAACGACGUGUUUGGAAGAAGCCGGCCAGCAGCACAUGCGACGUACGGCAAGUCGUCCAAGUCAGCAACAGGAGCAGCAGCGGCAGCAGCAGCAGCACGCAGACGUAAGAUGUCUUUACCAUUUUCUGGAGGAGGAGGAGGUGGUGGUGGUGGUGGUGGCGGUGGGGGUUUUAGUACCGCGGAAGAAACAGGUGGUGGUGGUGGAGGAGUAUCGACAGGUUCAGCGGUGGGAGGCAGUAAUAGUAAACCAGGAGCCACUACGAUGACGACGACGACGACGACAAAAUCAGGCGAUGCAAAUGUACCCAAAACAAUUGACUUGACGGACUCGCCGGGAAGUGUGGUUACGGUUCGUAGCACUCCUGAAGGACCACCAUCUGGGUCUGCCACUAGACGUGGGGCCGGAGGAUCAUCGCGCAAAUCUGCAGGGGCAUCUACAGCUACAGGGACAGGUGGUGGUGGCGUGAGCAGCAAAUCUGUGACACCUACACCUACGAAUUCUGGGAGUGGUGGAUCAGGUCUUGGAGCUGUGACAGUGUUACAUACACCAAUGAAACUAUUACUGACGAAUGUGGGGCUUGAGCUAACGGCGGAACAAAUUUCAGGAUUAGCACGGUUAGGUGUACAUGUUACUCAGGAACCACGACAAGCAACACAUGUUGUUGCACCACGGGUAUCUCGUACAGAAAAGUUCAUAGUGGCACUGGCAAGGGCUCCGCGAAUGCUUGUACCGCAGUUUGUACGUGACUUACAGGCAGCCCUGGAGCCUGGUGCUGCAUCACCUGAGGCGCCGCUUGUAAUUGAUCCGGAGGAUGACAAGUACCGGUUACAAGAUGCAGGGAUGGUUUCUAUGUACGGUGCUGAUUUGGAGACUGUGCUUUUACGAGCCGAAGCAGCUCGUGGGAUGUUUCUUCAAGGGCUUGUGUUUAAUAUGACACCGGACAUUAAGGGUGGGUUUGAUGUGAUGGACCGGAUUGUGGCAGCACAUGGCGGGAAACCUUGUGUUGUUGUACGGUCUCCUGGGAAAAUUGCACGCACGUGUAAGCCAUCAAGUGGCGGGAGGAUGAUUUUAAUUGUAAGACCAGAGCAGCAUGAGUAUAUUGAUGCGUUUUUAAAGGCUUUUGGUAAUACGAGAGGAGGAGGAGGAGGAGCAACUACAACAACAACAACAACAUCAACUAGCGGUGGAGAGGAGUCUGGAACUGGAGAUGAUCGUGCGCAAUCGGUACAACCACCACCAGCGACUCGGUCUCGUAAAAGAACUGCGCAUAAUAACAAUUAUACGCCCAUGAUAUUUUCGCAGGAUUGGUUGUUACGAAGCAUUUUGGGCAUGUCUCUGGAUUUUAACAACCAGCUUGUCCAGUAUGAAUGA